CCCAUAAUCCCCAUCACGAAUUACAUUUGACGUCACCGAAAACAUCAUGGCGUGGUAGUGUGUUCAAGGGCGCUAAACUUAGAAUAAAACAUCAAACAUAUGGAAUAUAUCUCUAAAAAAGGAAUUUAAUCACGAGUCUCUCUCUGCAGUAGGACAGAAUGCUCCGCAGAUCCAGGAUCAGUGUUCGGCCCAACGUCAGGCCGGCAGGCAGAGGCCCAGCAGCCCCAGCCUCCUCCCAAAACACUCCUCCAUCGUCCCAGACCACCGAGGCUCCUUCCCAGGCAGGGGGCCAGGAGGUGGACACCACCACUACUGCAGAACCAGAAACCUCCACAGAGUCCACCACACCCAGAGAGGAUGAAAAAGACCCAAAUCGUGAGGCUUCCAGUGGCACCCCCUCAGACAGUAUUCAAAGGAGGAAGAGGUUCUCUUUCAUGCCAAACCUUGCCAAACCACGGGCUGCUGCAACCCCGGCCCUCACCCUCUCCUCCCCCCGGACCUCCAAGUCCCCUGUGAGAGCGGGCACUGAGACCCCAGCCCCUGAGGCUCCAGGGGCCCCCAGCGAGACAGAUGCUGGACCCUCACAGGGCAUGAGAUACCCAAGGCGGAGACCCUCUGGAGGUAGUAGGCAGGCCAAAGUACAACCCAAACCCAGCCCCCUGUCCCCAUCUUCCCCAGCCCCUGAGACAACAACCCCCCCACUGGGGAAGCAGGCAGUGGAUUACUCAUUCCCGUCACAACAGACCCUGCAGGCAGCAGAUAAGGAGGAAACAUCCUCACAGCUCACCAAACAAGACAAAGGCAGCAUCCAAUUAGAUCUCUCGAAAAAAACACCAGCCACUAAAGCUCCAUCCACUCCAUUAGAGAAUGUCCCAUCAUCCUCCCUUCCACACAAAGAGGGUAUCUCAGUAUCUGAGAGAGCUAAGACUCUGGUAGCCAGGUCUGUGUCUGUUGGGCUCACCGGGUUGGCACUAGGGAAGUCCAGGCUUACCAGAUUCCUGAAUGACCCAACGGACCUGCAGAGGCUGGCCAAGGCCCGGAAGCUCAGAGAACUGCUGAGACAGGAGAUGAACAAGGAAAAGAAACUGAGGAAAGCCAAGGUGUGUUUGAGUGAAUAUACGCUGGAUCCCUCUAAAAUGACCAUGAGAGAUCUCCUAUACUACCUGCCUGAUACCAACCCCAUGACGUCCUAUCUGGAAGAGGAACAGAGGGAGAACCAGACUGUUCUGCUGCUCACCCCCCCAAGAGAAGAGUCCCCUGCGAGGCCCCCAACGCCAGAGGCCCCGGCUGAGACAGCAAGCCAGUGGGAUGAGGAUGAUGAUGAUGCUAACGAUGGGGUGAUUGUGCCGCGAGUGAGGGUGGCAGAGGACGGGUCUCUGAUCAUCGAUGAGGAGAGUUUGACGGUAGAGGUCCUGAGGCAGAAGGGGCCAAAUCCAGCUGAUGAUGGAGACCCAAUCUUUGAGCGUGGCUCCACAACCACCUACUCUAGCUUUAGGAAAGGGACACACGUCAAACCCUGGUCCAACAAAGAGACAGACAUGUUCUUCCUGGCUAUCAAUAUGGUGGGAACAGACUUCUCUAUGAUUGGACAGCUGUUUCCUCACCGCGGUCGCAUUGAGAUCAAGAACAAAUUCAAGAAAGAGGAGAGAGCAAACAGCUGGAGGAUAGACAAGGCCUUCAAGGAGAAGCGUAGGCUGGAUCUGGAGUUCUUCACUGGCCUCUUGGAGAAGAUCUUGGGCAUCGAGGCGAAGAGUAACAAAAACAACAAGUCCCCCACGGAGAAGAAAGUGAUCAAGAAAAAUAAGAGAAAACCAAUAGAAAAGAAAGCAGCGAAUCAGUUGAGUGACGUGGAGGAGGAGAGGCCAGAUGCGGAGAUGGACAGCGACGAGGUGGAGGGAGAGAAGGAAAACGUCUCUAACGUAGGGACCACACCUGCCGCUGACGCCACCACCCCCAAGAGAAAACGCAAAAGGAAGGAUGGAGGAGAGUCCUCCCCUAAAAAAGCAAUGUAUAGAAAGAAAAAGAAGAGCAGCAACCUGAUAACAAGUGAUCAAGAAGAGGCUGGAGUACUGCAAGGUGAAGUACCUGAGGACCAGUCACCUGCUGAAAGUUCAAAGCAAGCAGAAGGCCCAGUGGAAGGCGAUAAGGGUCAUGUGGAGAUCAAACCAGCCCAGCUGUCCCGUGGUCGACCCCAGAGACCCCUCCCUAACCUGGGGAGGAAGUGGGGCCAGAGAGGCCUGCAUCCCAAGACCAAGCCUAAAGAUAAGGAUAAAGAUGGGCCCACACCUGUGGAGGAGGAGAACAUUGAAGAAGGAGUUUCUAAGGAACAGGUUGAUAAAGCUGCUUCGUUGAAAGUCAGUCAAAAGAAGAAGAAGAAAGCUGGUGAUGUCUCUGAGGAAGAGGAGGAAGAAGCCAACGAUAAACCCAUCAAACCCACCAGGUAUGGUAGAAAACCCCAAAAGACACAGCUCCUGAAUUACCCUGCAAAGGAGGAGGGGGACUCGCCCUCUGACUCUGCCCCCACUCCUGCCUCAAACGGAUCCCCCUCCACUUCCUCCUCAUACACCAAGCCGAAAGCCAAACCACCAACCAGAAGGGCCAAAAUCAAACCUGGCCCCGCCCUGCCAGGUAGGAAGGGCCAAUCAGCGGCCCGGAAACCCAAGCUGAUAACCCUGAGGGCAUCCCAGUCUGAAGAUGAUGAUGAUGAUGAGGAGGGAGGAAGAGAACAGAAAGAGGAGGCACAGGCCCAGGGGGACCACCACAAUCCCACAAGUGCCCGGGAGGAGAACCAGGCGCCAGCGUUUGUUCCUAUGAGCCUUCGCUCGCCACAACCCGUCGUCACAGAGGUUGAGGAGACCAUGGAGGAGGAUGUAAUUGACUUCCUGUCUCCAGAUAACAUGGAAGUGUCUGAGGAGAGCUACAACGAGGCAGCUAGAACCUUACUGGCCAUCGGCAACCUCACCCACCUGUCUCAGGCUGCUGUGGCCUGCACUGCAGGAGCAGAUGAUUUCAUCACUGAAGAAUGUUCCAAUGAGGAACAACAGUACCAGAUGUCAUCACAGCCCGCUGACCAAUCACAAACUAGCACCACUCCUUCUGAAUCACUGACCCCUGACCUUUGGGUCACUGAGGAAUCACUGACUGCUGAGGAUUCUGUCCCUGUUGCCACGUCAACAGCCUCUAUCCCAGUCUCCAAGAUAUCAGCCUAUGUUGCAGUCGCUAUGACAACAACCACAUCUGUCCCAGUCACCACGACAACAAAAAUAGCCUCUGUCCCAGUCACUACGACAACAGCCUCUGUCCCUGUCACCACAACGACAGCCUCUGUCCCAGUCACCAGGACAACCACCUGUAUUACAGUCACUACAACAACCGCCUCUGUCCCAAUCACCACAACAACAUCCUCUGUCCCAAUCACCAUGACAACAGCCUCUGUCCGUGUCACCACGAGCACAGCUUCUGCCCAAGUGCCUCAGAGCAGUGACGCGCCAACUCAGGGAACCACACCCGCAGAGGAGGAGCCUCUCAGACAUGGGGAGGGAACUGUUAUUGGACACGCCUCUCAUGUGGAAUUAUGUUCAGAAGUGUCCAAGCAGCAGACGACCUCACAGACCAGGAGGAGCCGCUUCCCUAAGGUCAAACCCAACCUGGGCCUGGCUGCCAGGACCACACAACCCAAACCAACACAUCCUACAGAAAAUAUUACCACACAGCCAAAACCACCACAGUAUACCAUCACACAAUCAGAACCACCACCACAGCCUAUGAUGAAUAUCACUGCAUCCUCAAAACCACAGCCAACCAAGAAUAUCACCACAGAACCACCACUGCCUACUGAAAGUAUUACCACAGAGUCAGAACCACAGCCCAAACAGAGAAGUACCACACACUCCAAGCCACAGCGCACUGCAAAUAUCAUCACACACAGAGAACCACAGCCCAUUCAGAGGUCCAGAGUAGCCCAUUCAAAGCCACAGUGUACACAAAAUAUUACUACGCACACAGAACCAGACCAGCCCACACUAAAUACCACCACACAGUCAGAACCACACCAGCCUACACUAGAUACCACCACACAGUCAGAACCACCCCAGCCCACACUGGAUACCAUCACAAACACUCUCUCAGAACCACAGCCCAUCCCAAAUCUUGAGCAGCCAGGCCCAGGUACAUGCAGAACCAGAGCAACAGUCCCAGAGUCACCUCUGAGGUCAUCAGAAGAGGAGAAAGGUUGCGAUGGCCCAAAGGAAUAUACGUCCUCCUCCCUCAGUGCUGUAGGGUCUCAGUCAGGAACAUCAGACUCAGACCAGCCCAAACAGACUGGUCCUCCAACCCGCAGAGCCCGUUUACCUAAACCCAAACCCAACCUGGGUCGCACCGCUAGAGCUGCCACACGCACUUCAUCCCAGGUACCAGAAAGCAGAAACUGCCCUGUAGCCCAGACACCAGAUGUGGCUACCAGGCCCAGCUCUGAAGUCCAGAUACCACAUGUUGAGGCAACCAGGCCCAGCUCUGAAGUCCAGAUACCACAUGUUGAGGCUACCAGGCCCAGCUCUGAAGUCCAGAUACCACAUGUUGAGGCUACCAGGCCCAGCUCUGAAGUCCAGAUACCACAUGUUGAGGCUACCAGGCCCAGCUCUGAAGUCCAGAUACCACAUGUUGAGGCUACCAGGCCCAGCUCUGAGGUCCAGAGACAUUGCACUGAAGUUCAAACACCAGAGGCUGAUGAAGUUCCCAUGGAAAUACAACAGAUUCUCCAAGUCAUCCCCCUUACUGACAUCAUUGAUGUUACCCAGGAGGAAAUACAGCUGAUUCACCAAGUCACCCCCCUUACUGACAUCAUUGAUGCUACCCAGGAGGAUACAUCUCUCCUCACGGAGGAAAUCUUCUUCUCUCAACGAAGUGAUGCUCUCAUCACACAGCAUUCAGAAAGUUCUGGAUCAACUGUUCUGUUGGACCCGGCCCAGCCAGACCCUGAUGAGCCCAUCUUCAUCCUCUCCCUGACUGAAAUCCCUUUCAUCCCCACGGAGGAGGAGUAUGGCUGUACGUCCCAGACCCUCUCCGAGCCCCUCUCUUUUCUACUGGUCGCAGACGCGUGCUCUCAACUGCAGCAGAGCAGUGAUAUUGUUGAUCCUGGAGGUGGUAAGGAGGAAGGGUAUGCUGGUAUGCUCUGUAAAGCCCCUGAGCCCAUGUCAGUGGAUGAGGUCGUCCCUCAACCCAUGUACACCAGUAUCAAGGAAGUGGAGUAUGGCUCCACAGCAGGCCCAGUAGAUGUGUGUGCCUCAGCCAAUCCCUCAGAAGACUCCAUGGCUGAUGCAGAGACUAGGGAGGACAUAGAUCCUCCUUUUAAGAGGAAAGUGCCAGAGAGAGCCAGGAGAGACAAACUGCAGAUGAGACCUAACACAGCAGUAAGGAAACAGCCCAGUCGUUCGGUCCUAGCCAAGGAGGCUGUGUCAGCCUCCACCUCAGACCAUACCACCAUCCCAGAGAUGGACCACCCCACAGCCUCCACCUCAGACCAUACCACCACCACCAUCCCAGAGACGGACCAUAAGACAGCCUCCACCUCAGACCAUACCACCAUCCCAGAGACGGACCACCCCACAGCCUCCACCCCAGACCAUACCACCACCACCAUCCCAGAGACGGACCACCCCACAGCCUCCACCUCAGACCAUACCACCAUCCCAGAGACGGACCACCCCACAGCCUCCACCCCAGACCAUACCACCACCACCCCAGAGACGGACCACCCCACAGCCUCCACCCCAGACCAUACCACCACCACCAUCCCAGAGACGGACCACCCCACAGCCUCCACCUCAGACCAUACCACCAUCCCAGAGACGGACCACCCCACAGCCUCCACCCCAGACCAUACCACCACCACCCCAGAGACGGACCACCCCACAGCCUCCACCCCAGACCAUACCACCACCACCAUCCCAGAGACGGACCACCCCACAGCCUCCACCUCAGACCAUACCACCAUCCCAGAGACGGACCACCCCACAGCCUCCACCCCAGACCAUACCACCACCACCCCAGAGACGGACCACCCCACAGCCUCCACCCCAGACCAUACCACCACCACCAUCCCAGAGACGGACCACCCCACAGCCUCCACCUCAGACCAUACCACCAUCCCAGAGACGGACCACCCCACAGCCUCCACCCCAGACCAUACCACCACCACCCCAGAGACGGACCACCCCACAGCCUCCACUCCAGACCAUACCACCACCCCAGAGUCCGACCACCCCACAGCCUCCACCCAAGACCAUACCACCACCACCCCAGAGACAAACCACCCCACAGCCCCCAGCCCCCCAGCCCAGCCAGGUCCAGCCGUCAAAGAAACAGCAUCAGGAGAGGUGGCGGCUGAGGAGGCACAGCAGGAGAUUGUGGGCCGUUUAGACCUCCCAGAGACAGAGGAGGACACGCCCACUGGAGGACACGAGAUGGAGGACAGUAGGUCAGGGGCGGAGUCUCAGGUUGCCCGUCAAAUGACACCGCUGGCUACGAGUGGCCCCUUGAGCAGGCCUGGUAGAAGACCCAGAGGAUUUCUUUCUUUCAUGUCCAAUAAGACCAGCACCCCUGCAGCUGCCCCCUCUGCCCCUCCUCGAGGGCCCAGAGCAGCCCCUCAGAGGCCCCAGGUCAACACCACCCGGCCAGGGGGGAAACGGGCGGCGCCAGCCCCCUCCACCAGAAACACCACCAUUAGUUCCACCAGAACGGUCACUAGGCCAGACAGUUCCCCCAGGGUGACCUGGGAACAGCCCUCUGAUGUCCAGGCCUUCCACUCAGACCCAGAUACCAGUACUUCCCAAUGUACUACAGCUACCAAGCCUUCUCAGGUGCCAGCCACCCAGCACAGUAUGUCUACCUGUGUAGACAGCUGUUCAGCAGGCGAGGAACCCCUCAACGUGUCCCAGUACUUCUUCAGUGACAUCUUCACUGAGGUUGAGGAAAGUGAGGGAUGAGAGGAGGAGUAAGUGAAAGGAGAACAGGAAGGCACUCUCGGUUUGAAUCAAACUGGAAAACAAAAUGUUAAGAAAUCCAUGAAAGAUUGCGCUUGAGAAAAAUCAGGGUUCUUUGCACGUAUGUUUGUGUAUGUAGCAGUAAAAUUACGUCUCUGCUUGUGGUUAUGCUGUUUCAUGCUUGCAGUGAAUAAAUUUGGCCACAAGAUGGCAACAGGGAAAACAAACAAGUGAAAAUGUAUCUUCAAAUCAGAAAUCUUUUGUCCAAACUGGCACCUAGAAGCUUUGCCAAUGUCCCAUAUUGGAUGAUUACAUUUUGGGCUCUUUCACCCCAAUCAUAUCUUCUAGCCUUUUGGGUAAUCUAUAUAUUCUAAAAUAUAUUUAUUUGGUUAUAUUUUUUCAAACCUCACAAAGCUAGACAUUCAUGGUCAUGUUUCUCAAUCUGCGUACAAGCAGAAUACUUGAAAUCAGUGUUAACUCACUCUUCUACAUCGGAGAGUUUAGCAGUUUACUCAGGGACUUUCACAUUCAGAUUUGUGUUUUUAUUUGAAGCAUUGUUUACAUUUAAAUUGGAAACCAUUGUCUUAAAAUGAGCAUUGUAUAUAUGUUUAUUUUAAUGUAGAUCAGAUAUACUGGAAGGGGUGUAUUCCCUGAGCAUUUACAGUUUUUCUUUCUUGGUGCAUGAACAAGACCCAGCUUGAGGGACACCACAGCGAUGUCAACACUUGUUUCUUUAUUUUAUGCUACCUGAAGAUACAGGAAAUAUUUUUUCAAAUGGCUCUGCACAGAAACCUCUCAUUUAAUACAUGUACAAGUGACAAACUCACAGAAACCGUGCACAGGUCAUGAGUCCAAUUUCAAGGAUUUAUUAUGUUCUGCAGCCACUGUUCAAACUAACGUAGCUGUUAUGUAGCUCAUGUGAAUACAAUUUUAUACGUUAGUGUUAUGUCUUGCUACAUUAUAGAAAACUGAGUAUAGAAAGGUAAAAGAAAUGUAUAAGAAUGGUCAGAGGGUACUUGAAACUGGACUAGUGUAGAACAGUCCUUCUGCACACUAAACACUGCUUCUUGCAGACCACCUAUGCAACCUAUGCAGAACCUUAUGUUCACAUAAGAAAUAUGUUACGGAGUUCUUCAAAAAAUAUUGUGCUGUUAUUUUGGAGAAGAUAGCAUGGAUAUCAUCUUAGUUAGGCUCAACAGAAAUUAAGAGGACACAUGAUCUUAAAAGUGCAACGAAAACUUCAGAAUUUGAGUGUAGUCUUUUUUUGUUGCUGUGUGUGUGUCGGGGGAUGGGGGAGGAAUGUGCAGAUGUUUAAUUUCCAAGCAGCAUAGAGAGGCAGUGAGAUCGAAGAGACGAGGCUGCAUGUUACUAGGUGACCUCACUACAUAAAUAUUCCACCCUCACAGUCAGCCCUUGUGCAGUGCCACUCUUCUUUCGGUCCAUGUUGAAUAGGGAUGUAACGGAAUUCACUUUUAUAGACCCUGUGCUUUUGAAUUAAUGAGGGGUUUUCCAACAGUUUCUGUUCUGCCUUAAAGAUGUGAAAUAAACACUGCAUGGGAGGCAUUACUUGCCAGUCAAUGUUUUAAGCCAGUAUGAACUCAUCACUAGUAAUGUCUGUCUCUGAUUAUGAACAUGCAAUGGUAGAUUGUCAUAAACGUUUUUGUGAAUAACUCCGAACCACUAAUUGUGGCGAUAAACUGAAUACUGUAAUCUGUAAUUAAGUGUAAUCAGGAACCAAUUAAGUCAAAAUAUAGGGAAUAGUUGAAGUGCAUUAUCCUCCAGGGAAGAAGUGGUAGAGCUUCCGUUGAUAGUGGACGUUCAAGGGAAUCCACAUCCAGGGUCCAGUCUGGGUGAAUUACACAGGUGUAUUUGAUUUGUACUCGUGGGUCCUGCAUACCAUAGGGCGGCGCACAGUUGGCCCAGCGUCGUUAAGGUUUGGCCGAGAUAGGCCACCAUUGUAAAUAAGAAUUUGUUCUUAACUGACUUGCCUAGUUAAAUAAAAUAAAAAAAAUACAUGUGCACGGUCACGAUUUUGGUAUGUAUACUUCCGUUAUUCACUACAAGAAACAAACAAUGGAAUCUACUGGUGCUUCCCAAUAACAGUGCAUUUUCCCCGAAUUGUGCCCUCAUUCACUAUUUACCACAAAUCUAAAAUCAUUGGAUUGGUGGAGGCAUGACAUGGACUUGUGGGAGUUCCCACUAUAUAUUAGUAAUUGCCUUUCAAAUCAGUGAAGGGAAGUGAAUACCGUUUGGGAAGAAGGAUUGGGACAUAGCCUACAUUUACAUAUAUAUGGUUUUAGUACAGCCUCCUACUAGUAGGGUUUCGGUGGUAGGCCUAUCUACACCGCCACCACCAUUUUUUACCGUGUCGUACACUGAAUUAAAUCGAGUGCACCUAAUUUCCGAAUUCGAUUAUGCUGAGCCGUGGGGUAUUGGUCUAUGGCCCGUGACGUGACCGAGCAAAAGCGGUGAGGGAGGAGCGACAUUAUCAAAUGGAACAGUAUUCUGCGCCGCUCUGUGAUGUUGUCAACAUGGUACAUCGUCCAGAAACAUACAAUAGCUAUUUUCCAUUGAAUUUAUGUUUGGAUUUUUUAAAUAGUUUUCAUUGGGAAGGCACUUUUGCAUGUGAAAACACCGAAUCCUGCUCAUUACUACACGUGCUUAAUUACGUCACGUUUGUUUAUGAGCCGAUUUCUCCAUCAGACAGAGUGUGGCACCAAGUUCGCGCCCUGCAAGCAACCUGGUUUCGAACUCAAUAGAGUCAACUUUCAGCCGGUGCAAAACACGCUUACAAUGGCGCCCGGGCAAGAUUCAUCGAAUCCCCUCAAUGUUUAGAGGUUGGCUCCACCGGCCUUCGCUCUGAUUGGAGAAGCUGUCUCUCCCAGACAGAGGGGGACCUUGAGUUACCGCAGACUGCCGAGUAAGCACCGAGCAGUCUGACUGUACACUACUGCAGAUGUAAUGGGGGGCCUGGCCCCGAGCCAACAGCUAGCUAGUUAGUUAAAGACGGUGGCAGUUGGGUCAACGCAGCCGUGUAUGGGGUUCUGUCCCCGCAAGGGUGCUUGCCGUUUUUACUAACUACACGUAUGCAACAUUGUGCCAGUAAAAUUGAAACUUCAUCAGCGCCAGCUAGCCGCCCCACCGCUAGCUGGCUAGCGAACUAAUGGAAAUGACUUUAGUAUAACGGGGCUUCAAUCUUCCCACACUUGCCCUGAUGCCAGACUGACUAUGCAGUAGAAAUGCGGCUCUUGCAGAUAAUCAAGACUAUAGGGGAACAGUAUUGCUAUUGGCAAUAUAAUCUGCAUUUUAAACAAUCCAUGGCAAGUAUUAUGAUCCAUGCUUUAGCUGGUACAGUAUCAUCACUACUGCUCAGCAUUGAGCAGGCCUCUGACCAGUUAUAUAAGUCCCUGGCUCCGACGCAGCAGCACUGUCUAUGCUAGCUCAAGGCUGCCUGUGGGUUCAGUGAGUUCGAGACAGCCUCAAUGCAGUGGACUGCCGCUGGGGGAAAAAUGUGACCUCGUUUGACUGGUGUUGCCUGGAAGCGCUCCAACUGCAGUCUGGGAAGUGGAAAGGACAGUCUAUGUUUUAAACAGGUACUAGUUUAACCCUCAGACUGAAAUUAACAGGCUAUGAUGGCUCCCCUGAGAAAAGACUGCAGGUCACUCCCGGUUGGACCAAAGGGGAGCAUUAACAAAACAAGUCACCAGUCCUUCCCUUCGCUCCUUCCUGGGAGAAACAAAACACUGUCAUCAUAAAGAACAAAUGGGAGAAAAAAAAUCUAUUUUAAUUUCUGAUUUUUGUAAUCAUAUCUAACAUUUUUGGGGGGGGGAAGGGAAAGGGGAGUGUGGGGGGGUAUAGAUGACAUCAUGAUGACUCUGAAGUUUCAUACCUUCUCUGUCUAUUUUUGUGAUUUAUUAACACAUUAGAUAGAUGUACAGUAGCUUGUUAGGGACUCUAAGCCUUGAUGAUAUGUUUGUUUUCAGGAAGGAGAGGAAAAGCCUAAUGACACAAAGCAAUGUAAUAGCACAGUCUCCAACAGCAGAGACCUAACCUGAUCCCAGGUCUGUUUGUGCUGUCUUCCAUGGCUUUGGUGACUGCACAAACGGAUCUGGGACCAGGCUAGCAGAGACCCACGUCUACGUUUACGAAUUCUACAGGUGGCCCCUUGUGGGCUGAGUACAGUAACUGACAGGCAGCAGCAUGUCAUCCACUCUGCCACAGAACAAAACACAGUUCAAACAGCAGCAUUAUCCUCCUAUUUAUGUUUUAACACUCACUCAGUUCUACCUGCACUGUUCACACGCUCAACUGCAGUAUGUGAUCGCUCCUUAACACAGUAUUAAGCUAGGCCUAGACCUGUAUCAUUAUCUCUACAAAACACUCUUCAAUGUCUUGGAAGGGAGUGGUUGCACCUCGAAGCGUAACCAUUCAAACGUUGGGUUCACGAUUUUACGUUUUAACAGUCCUAAUUGCUCUGCUCUUUAAGGUGAUUCACACCCUUCAGCUCUCAAAUUCUUCUCUCAUUCUCAAAACUCUUAAUAUUUACACACUCUACAGUAUUUACUGAGGCUAAGAGUCCCCCUUUUUCCAUGUUAGCUAGUAAAUGCUUGGUAGUGUGUUUUUGUAUUUUAAACGUUUAUGGUUUUAAGUAGAUUUGCUUUUUUAAAGUUUUAGAAUGUUUGUUGCUAGUAUAAAACCAUGUGUAGACAGUUAUGUAUGCUGUGAUGUAGCCUAUAGAAGUAGCUAUAGUAGAAAUGCAUUGUUCCCUUGUGGUAAGUGAGUGAGAUGCUGCCACGGAACUGAGACACUGAUGAUUGGUGCUAUUUUGGACUUUAAUCUGCUCCUUGGAAAGGUAGCUGAGAUGGGUUUUCUUGUUUUACUUUCACAUUCUGAGUAAAGAAGGUGUUGGUUCUUUGUUGUCAUGGUUGUUGUAACUUGGUCUGGAUUGGCUUAGUUUUUCUCUGUUUUCUGUGCGGCUUUCUCAUUGGAUUUAAGAUUUGAGGAAAUAUAAACUUUUAUCAUGGUCAAUGUUUUACUAAAGGAAAAGAGGAUUCAUGUGAGAAGAUUUGAGGAUAUACCAUGUUGAUGGGAGCAAUCACAAAACUGCAAUUGUUAAAAACACUAGUUACCCUUUAAUACUGACACGUGCAUUCAAAGGUAUACAAUGUAUCUAGUAGUACCCAGCACUGGUCACUUUUAGAAAAUGUUAAGCUUUUUUUAGUUGGUGUGUUUUGAUUGACAGACAAUCUCGAAACCAGGAGUGCAGUUCUGCCCCUAGCAUGUUUGUGUGUAACGGAGAUCUCUUAAGAGAUUUUGCACACUUACGAGUGAGUUAUGAAUUUGUCACAUGGAAACAUAUAGAAGUCGCCACAGCAUAACGCAAUGUUAAUGUCUGAUAUCUGCUUCAAGUUGAUUAGAAUAAGUAAACAGUAAAACGUAAAAUGAAGGUUAUUUUUUGAAAAGUCAUGCUUUUCAAAAAUGGCACUUGAGAGAACUUGAUAGAGUUAAAUGCUAAAAGGAAUGAACACACUCCAUGUGUUUUAAGGCCCAGCCUGUUUGGGUUUGGGUUCAGGGUUUCAACUUUUCCUCAUCUUCUUCACCAGCUGGAUAUGACUUAAUCCUAUAGAGAGUCAUGUGACUUAAUGUUAGUUAACGUGAGACUGGAAUCACAUGAUGCAUAUAAUCUUGUUUCAAAAAAAUUUAAAUACAUUUUUCCAAAUGUAGCAUAAAGUUAGAAUAGAACAAUCUUUUUAAUUUAUGUAUUUUUUUAAUGAUUUUGUAAAUUAAUGUUGAUGAGAAGCUUACUUUGUUAUAAAACAGACGAACUAAAACCAAAAAGCUUUUUAUUGUUUGUAGCUAUAGAUUUAAAAUAUCAAAGUAAUGUCAGUAUUUGCAGUUUUGUCUUUGCUUCCCUGUUAAUUUAUUUUGUUAAAGAUUCUAAUAUUAAUAUGAUAAUAACCAACUUGAAAGCCCAUGUUAUUAUUCUUUUGUCUUCCAUUCUCCCUCGAUUCUGGGGACCUUUUUGUACCAGCAUGUUCUAGUGUUAUUGAUCGCUUGUUCUCUUCCUCAUUGAGUUGAUUUGUUACACAUUUUUCCUCUUGCAGUUCUUUCCUUUCAGACUAGUUAAUAUGAAAGCUGUUUUGUACAUAGCAAAGUGAAUAGCAUAUACAGGAUGUGCUGUAGUGUGUUGAGUCAGGUAUUCAGUAAUUACCACUGUAUAUGGUUGGAAAAAAAACACGAUAUGCCAGCUUUGCAAAAUUAUUACAACGAUGCACUUAACUUACAGUAUCCCAUGUACUUUUUUUUGGCAAUUUUAAAAGUUGUGCAAUAAAUAUGCAAGCUUGUAAA